CUCUCUCACAUUCUGCUCCUCUAAAAAUAAUUGAAUCAUUCUCACCCCUCCCUCAAAUUUAGAAUAUUAAUAAGCCCCUCUCUACUUCCUUCUAUUUCUGUCUUCAAAUCCAUUUCCUUCUUUCUCUCUUUCUCUGUCCAUUUAAUUGAACCCGUUAAAAAGCAUAAUUAGCAUUUAAAUCUCUCCAACACUGUCUCCCCCCCUCCCUCUCUCUACAUGUCUCUGUCGCUAAGGCAACCAAUGCUUUUUCCCACUCCCUCUCUACAUCUCCCCUCUCGCUCCGUCUCUAUCCCUCACUCCCUUCUUCUGCAGCGAGAGGUAGGCAUGUUAACUGCUAUCGUUCCGCGCGUGUGUGUGUGUGUGCGUGCGUGCGCAUGCUUAAAGUGUCCGUGUGUGUGUGGCAGCCUUCAGCCCUAUGAUCAAUGCUUGUCUGGAAGUGGGGGGGUCUUUGUGGGAAGGCUGUCUUGCGUGUGUGCUCGUUUCAAGCCGAUGCAUACAGGUGUGUGCCUGUCUGAGCGGUGUGUGUGUGCCAGAGCAUGUGCAGUAAAUUCAGCACUCAUGUCGAGGCAGUCUGGACCUUAUUCCCUGCUCUAAAGAUGAGCGUAGGAGCAGGGGUGCUGUGAACAGCUGAAGCGAUGGAGAGAUGCUCCAUCUCUCCUGUUACCCGACUGGCCGCCCUGUGCUGCCUGCUGGCUGCCGCGACCACCCGUCCCGUGUCAUGUGACGGGGGCCGCGGGAAGGCGGACGGAGGAGAGAGCGAAAGUGAUCGGGCGGGAGAGCUGCAGAUCGACACGCUCUCGCCACAGCUGUCAGUCACGACCCAGGCCACGCCCACCCCGCUCUGGGCGGUCGUUUGGGGGCCCACGCACCCCGUUGAGGACGAGACCCCUCAUUUCCUGCCCGGCCAGGAAAUGGACCUCCAGCACCCGACCACGGAGUCCUGGCAACUUCUCCAGAACCCGCCGACCACCAAAACCCAGCAACUCUUACUGGGAGAGAGAAAAAAAGAGGGGGAAGAAGAUGAAGAAGGAGAAGCUGACAGCGAGAGAGAGGAAGUUGAUCCACAGUUCUACGUCACAGUCACCAUCUCCUCUCUGUUGAUUCUGACAGCUGUCAUCAUAACUGCAAAACUCUGUUACGAUCGCAGCUGCUCGCGGCACCCGCCCCCCCUCUCCCGCGGGGCGGCGCCCCCCCUGUCCCUCUCCCUCCCGCGCUCCCUGGCUCCCGAGGACAGCAGGCAGGUGCUGCACAGCACCCCUUCCUUCACAGACAGGGAGAGAAUACCUGUGGUGAAUCUCUAAAGACGACUGUUCUUGAUUGAUUUCUGCUGGAUAUGGACAUGUCUUGGUGUUACAAGGUGUAACUGUCUAUGUUAUUUCCCCAACUUUGAAUCAUAGGGCCAGGGUUCACUCAAUUAAUCCUUUAAUGAUCUGGAGUUAAACUGAAGACACCUCUUUUCCUCAUGCCGUCGCUGGUACCACCUUCAUCACUUCUGAUAUUUUUACAGGUAUAUUUAUAUAGGUAGAUUUAUAUAGGCAUUUCCAUGUACUUUUGGACUAUACUGUUAGGAUACUCUGUAUAUUCUGCCUCACAUUCUGUACUGCAGUUCACCAGCCCAACGGCGCAUUCAACAGACUAAUCCUGGAUCUUCAGUGCUUCCUGCCGGUCUCUUUAAGACGGCAAGCAUUGCUUCCGCUGCAGUACGGCGGUUGAGCUGCUCACUCUGUGAAACGUGCCUGACCAUACCUCUGAAGUCGAGUCAUUCCACCCGCAAAGGGUUAAAACGAUCAUAGCCUUCCCGAGACCAUUUCAUUGCGCGUGGACGCUGUGCUAUCAUGUGUGAUUAGUGGUAUUAACAACGUAAUGUGUUGCGUUCAAAUGAAACUGUGGUACAGUGUACGCAGAAAACCCAAUAAAAAAAAAAAAUCAACCGAAGAAGCUUUAUGUCCCGAAUUUAUGGUGGUGGGGUGAAACCACACGCGACACG